CAAUCAAUGAAGGGUCUUCUCGUACAGGACCCACGGUCUUAGGUACCCGAUUUCCCUGCGAACUGCGGCAGUUAGAAACCUGAAAGCAAAAGAAAAGAAAAAUACGGUGUCCCACUGUCUUCACCAUAGAAGUUAACUUCUCUUUAAACCCCUCACCAACUCCAUCAAAAUCCUAUCUUUUCAAGAAACAAAUAAUCAGGCAAAAGGUUCAGGAUAGAAGAAGCAAGGAGAACCACAACCAGGUUUCUUUUUUGUUUGGUUUGGGGAAGACAGUGAAAAUGCCAGGGGACGACAUAGAGAGCAGGGGAGGAGUGGUGAAGAGAAACCGCAAUAACAGUAAUGCUACAAGCAGCGGCUAUACAUCUUCAUUAACUUACAUGAUAGAGGAUACGGAGACGCAAUGGACAUCGUGGCUGGUACCUAUGUUCGUGGUGGCUAAUAUUGCUGUUUUUGUUGUCGUUAUGUAUGUCAACAAUUGUCCCAAGCAAAGGCAUACGAGGCUUGUCGGCAAGUGUGUGGCGAGGUUUCUUGGUCGGUUUUCUUUUGAGCCUUUGAGAGAGAACCCACUUUUUGGUCCCUCUUCUUCUACAUUGAAGAAGUUGGGAGCUCUUGCGUGGAACAAAGUUGUGCUUAAGCAUCAAGGAUGGAGGCUUGUAACUUGCAUCUGGCUGCAUGCUGGUGUUAUUCAUCUUCUUGCAAACAUGCUGAGCCUGGUCUUCAUUGGUAUACGCCUUGAACAGCAGUUUGGGUUUGUGCGAAUUGGAAUUCUUUAUCUCUUGUCAGGAUUUGGUGGAAGUGUUCUCUCCUCUCUAUUUAUCCAAAACAGCAUCUCUGUUGGUGCCUCUGGUGCUCUUUUUGGACUUCUUGGUGCAAUGCUUUCUGAACUAAUUACAAACUGGACCAUAUACACAAACAAGGCUGCAGCUCUGCUAACUCUUCUGGUUGUUAUUGCCAUUAACCUUGCAAUAGGAAUUUUGCCACAUGUUGAUAAUUUUGCACAUAUUGGUGGGUUUUUGACUGGGUUCCUCCUUGGCUUUGUUCUUCUACCUCGUCCUCAGUGUGGGUGGUUAGAGCGUCGGAAUCUUCCGGCUGGUACUCGUCUGAAAUCCAAGUACAGGCCUUACCAAUAUGUCCUGUGGUUGGUUUCUGUGGUGCUGUUGGUUGUAGGAUUCACUGUUGCAUUGGUAAUGCUCUUUCGUGGAGAAAAUGGAAAUGAUCAUUGCCAUUGGUGUCACUAUCUGAGCUGUGUCCCCACCUCUAGAUGGAAUUGCAAUGAAAACUAGCACUGGAUAAGCUUCACUUUGUCUGGAGAUUUCUUUUUCUACAUACAAUUUGUAAAUGCAUAGUUAUAGCUUAGGGGUGUGAAGUGCUGUGUUUUCUGUAUUUUCCUUUCUUUAGACAUCAGAACACUGCUAUGAUUGUUGGUUUUACAUCUCUUGACAGAAUUAUUUUAUGUACAUGAUGAAGCCUUUCUUACAAACAAAGAAAAGAGAAGAACAGAGCAAACUUAUUCCUUUUCAA